AUGCACCGUUGGUCCCCUUUAUCCCUUUUCUCGGCCCUGCACCCCGUUCCCCCCUCUCCGCCUUACACCCUCCUUCUCCCUCUUUCCUCUCUGCCUUACCCUCUUCUUCCACCUAUCCCCUCACUGCCUUACACUCUUCUUCCCCCUUUCCCCUCUCUUCCGUACACUCUUCUUUCCCAUCUCCCCUCUCUGCCUUACUCCCUUCUUCCCCCUUUCCCCUCUCUCCUUACACUCUACUUGCCCCACCAAGCGUUCAGUGCCUUACACCUUCUCUGCCUAACGCCCUGCUUCCCCCAUUCCCCUACCUGCCUCGCACCCUUCUUCUUCCUUUCCUCACUCUGCAUUACCACCUUCUUCCACGUUUCCAACCUCGGUGCCUUGCACCCUGCUUCCCCCUUUCCCCUCCCUGCCUCUCACCCUUCUUAUCCCCUUUCCCUCCCUGCCUCUCACCCUUCUUAUCCCCUUUCCCUCCCUGCCUCUCACCCUUCUUAUCCCCUUUCCCUCCCUGCCUCUCACCCUUCUUAUCCCCUUUCCCUCCCUGCCUCUCACCCUUCUUAUCCCUCUUUCCCUUGCUCGCGCACCCACCUUGCUCCAUCUGUCCCUAGAUCAUGCAAGUACCUUACUCCCACUGUCCCUUGA